CUACAAGAAUUAUUUGUUAUUUGCUUCUCGGUAUCUGAGACUCAAUUCCUAAAGGCGAAUUAGUGCCGUUUUCGAUUAAGAAGAGAUCCAAAUUUAAAACUUCCGCCAAAUUUUAGCGUGAAGACGCUUUUUAGUGUCCGCCAUCUCCCUCCUAACGCCAUAUUAAAAACAAUUCUCAAGAAGCGUUACUUUGACUUUGGUGUAAUUUUUAAGCGAAAAGUUAGAUACCUUCGGCUCCAAUGGCAAGCAAAGGACGCAAAGGCGGCGGCACCCCGACAGGUGAAGACGACGGCGAAGAGUUCACUGUGGAAAAGAUUCUAGACAAGCGUAAGAACCCGAUAACAGGCAUUGUUGAGUAUUAUUUAAAGUGGAACGGCUAUGACGACAAGGACAAUACGUGGGAACCGGAAGAAAAUUUGGAUUGUCCAGGACUUAUCGCUGAUUUUGAGGCAAACAGGGCACGAAAAGAGGAAGAAUCGGAAAGCAAAAAACGAAAAUCGACAAGUACUCCGACGCCGGUCGACGCGAAAAAAAAGAAAGAAGACAAAAAAAUAUUGGGUUUCGAUCGGGGACUAGAACCGGAAAAAAUUAUCGGCGCCACCGAUAGUUCAGGGCAACUUAUGUUUUUAAUGAAAUGGGCCGGAACCGACGAGGCCGACCUUGUACCGGCAAAACAGGCAAAUAUCAAAUGUCCCCAGAUUGUGAUUAAGUUUUAUGAGGAACGUCUAACCUGGCAUUCGCCAACUAAUGACGACGAUAAGAACGAUAAGGCAUAAGUUUCUUUUAGUUUAUAGUUUAGGACUAUGUUCAGUUAUUCAUCUUUAAUCUUAAGGAUCUGACAUGUAAAAACGUGUAGAAUUAUAAGAAUUUUUAGUUCUUCCACAUUGCCAUAGACGUGCAAUGGUAUUACUUCGCAGGGUGAGACCUCCCUUAAUACAAAUUUUCCAUUUAAAUCCUUUACGAUGUAAUUAUUUUUUCAAGUUUUUACUUAGGUAAAAAGACAAAUGGUCUGUUGAAAUGACUGUGGCUACUUUUGGAAAAUUUUGAACCCAAAACUGCUAACAAUUCAAAAUAAAUUUUUAUGUACAGUC